ACAGUGAAUCGAGCCCAUCCACAACGUACGCCAUUUUCAUGCAGACACGGGAAAGAAACAAAGGGUUUUAAAUUAAACUCAAGUUGAAGUUAACUGCAGUAAACUGUUAAGCUCCCUGGUUUGCCUUAAUCAUGUCAUAUAUAGAUUCUUUUGGUAUCAAUGACAAUAUCACAACUGAUUCCAAAUCCUGCUCAAGUGAUGAUUUAUUUGACGGUAUUUUAGGCGAUUUCACCCUUGUGAACGACGGAACACGUGAAAGUACAGCAUCAGACGAACAACUAAUUACACAUUUGACAGGUUCCUUUCACAACUCAGAACCGAACACAACAAAACAUUCUGUACAAUACUUAAAAUCAGAAACUACAUGUAUGUCAAAAAAUGCUAUUCUUGCACGAGAAAAUAGACAAAAGAAGAAGGAAUAUGUCACAAAUUUGGAAGCAAGUGUUGAAAAAUUGCAUGUCCAAAAUUCCAACUUGAUGUCAAAGAUGGGGACAAUGGAAUCCGAAAUGUCAGAUUUAGUGGCUGAGGUAGAAUAUCUAAAAGGUGUAAUUGCUAAUCAGAGCACUCUUUCAAAGCUGAUUGGCUCAGUUUGUUCCACUCCUGGUGUACGCUUUUAUUCCUCAUUUAAAGUAAACAAUAAUUGUCCAACAAAUGUAAGCAAGGAUGAAAAUGACAAUACAAAUCUAAGAAAACGUAAAAGUUCAGUAUUUGAUGGGUCCGGUGAAAAUCAGGAAAACAUAGAAUCUCCUACCGUGAAGAAAGCUGUACGAAGAUCAACAAGAAAUAUUAUUGGUAGUUAUAGUGUUAGCAAUUCUGAAACGCAGGAAAAAACGACAAAAGAAAACUCUGAAAAUCAGGAAAAUAAGACAAUUAUCAACUCUGAAAAUCUGAUGAACGGAAUUUGCCUUCAUGUCGCGGGAGAUGCAGUGUCAUUGGAGUUCUGUGCUACCUGUUCAAAGAUGGCUACAAACACAAAGAAAGCAGCAAAUGUGUCAGCUUCACAUGUACUGAGAGAAAAAGUUUGGAAAAGAAAGAAAUGAAUUUCUCAAAACGGUGGAGUAUUAAUCAAAUGUUGAUGACCAUAACUCAGGUGAUUUGAGAAGCGAUAUCUCAAAUAGAGAAGCGAUUAUAUUAUAUAUAAGAUUGAUACAAAUGUUUGGGGAGUAGUGGCAAAAGCAUUAAUGCCAUCUUCCUGGAGUAUUAAGAGUGGCAGAGACCUCCAUAACACCUGCCUGGAGGUCAAACAGUGGCAGAGACCUCCAUAACACCUGCCUGGAGGUCAAACAGUGGCAGAGGCUUUCAGAGCAAUUGUCUGGAGAAAGAAACUAGCUGUUUAACAGAAUGUAUUUGAAAAUAUAUUUAACACAAAAACAAUAGAGUAAAUUUUAAUGUUCUACCUUUGUAGAUAAUAAGAUUGAAAACUUAUUGUGAAUUAAUAUGGAAUUGAGUGUUUAUAUUUAAGUAAAGGAAUUGCAAUUGGAACAAAAACAUAACAAAUGAAUUUUAAGAAACAGCACACACAAAUAAAAUUUUGAAUCAAAUCAUUAAAA